AUGGUAGGCCGGAUAUAUACACAGCCUCGUGAGAAGAGCGGGACGAAAAAGCUACAGGUAAUAGCAAUAGCGGGCGGCCACCCCCUUGACACGCCGCUAGCCAACCCGCCCAGACUGAUCCGCAUCGCCUCCGCCCAUCGGGACCGGGAAGCCCAAGCAGGAGGCGGGGCGUAGCGCGGGGCUGAUGAAAUCCGCCUGUGUGUUACACGAGGCCGGCGCAGGCAGCGGGCGGCUUCCGCUUGCCUCCUUCCCGUUUAAGUCCUAAGCGGGCAGCACGAGGUUGAGCGGCGGAGCUGGGCGGUGGGUGCAAUCUCUUCUGGCUUGCUGCGGAGCUGUCAUUUCAUUUCCCGGUGCAGGAUCACCGACAGCAGGUAACGGGCGAAGCGACGAGGGGAGACUUUCUUGGAGUCCGGCUUGUACCUGGUCCUUCGUUGCUAUCCUCGCCCCACCCCGGCACACUUUCUGCAAAAAGAGCUCAGGUGCGUGGCAGGGCGAGAUCCAGCAUUCAGACGGAGUGUGUGGUAGCUAUUAUGGAGAUGGAGGGGGGGGUGAGAGGCAGGUUCUAUGCUUAGGGAUCGUCAGGAAACGAGUUUGUGGGGCGUGUCAUAAAUGCCGUUAUACCGAUCUGUGAUGUGAGCACGUUAGCAAUUAUGUGUACGGUCUGUGGUCUCCUCUGCUCCCUUGCGGAGUUGGCAAAGGUUCAGAAAAGGACAAUAAAGCCGCUUGACAGGAAAGGUUGCAACAUUUGGGACUAUUUCGUUUUGCUGCACCUGUUGAAUGUCUGGUUGUCAUGCAGUUCCUACAGGUACUUGGGUAUGUUGCCAAGCAAAAAGAAAAAGGAGUGUCACCCCCCUUGAUUAUGUUAGACAUUCUCUGCUGAUAGCUACCCUUGAGUUAUAGCUAACUUGUGGUCCUCCAUAUGUUGUUGGAGGACAGCUGCAAUCAUCCCUGGGUGGCUGAGGCUGAUGGGAGUUGUAGUCAAACAACAUCAGGAAGAGCCCCCUUCUCAACUUCUAUGAGUAAUAUGUGCUGAACUGCAAAAUGACUAGAAUCUUUUCUCUGUAGUUUGGGAAAAGAGUAUAAAGUGUAAGACCGUAGAAGUCUGCCCUAGGGAUACUCUCUUGUCUUCUCCACUCCCCAUAUGUUAGCCUUUCUUGUCUUCAGAAAUUAAGACUUAUUCCAAAUCUUGUCAUUCACUGCUGACCAAGUCCUUAGCAUAAUUAUUAUUAUUUAUUUAAGAUGAGUGCCAGUGUGAUAGUCCUUUUAACAGUGCAAUCCUAUAAACAUAGAGUGGGUGGUAUUCAACUAAGUUUUAUUCAGAGCUGAAAGUAAUGGACCUAAGUUAGUAACGUUCAUUAAUUUCAAUGGGCCUGCUCUGAAUAAAACUUACAACUGCUCCAGAAGUAAAUCCGAUUGACUUCAGUGGAACAUACUCCCAGACUGGAGUUACAAAGUGAUAUACCUAGUGUUAGUCAUACUUUGCGUGGGUCUGUUCUGAGUAUGGGUAAAUGCUGGCUAUCACCCUUCACUGUCUGAAGAGUAAAACUUUGGACAGUGUGAAUAGUUGUGUAACACUUUCAGACCCUCCAAGUGUCCAUGAAUCUUGCUUUCCUGGAUGAAGGACAAAGAAGGGUGGCUGGGUGUAGAAAUUUUAUAAAGGUUAAAUGUACAUUUAUUGUUCUGCCCCCUUGCCUCUGGCACUUCCCAUCACUGGCACAAAGCACCCGGAAGCUUGUCCAGAAGGCAGUGCAACCAUGGGGCAGAACAUUGUGCCACCCACCUUGCUCUGGAGAUCAUUGGCUUGUAACUGAACUCAGGAACUUUGCUACUUUUCCCCAACAGCCUUGAGCAGAUACCACCAUGUGUGGCAUUUGGGCCCUUUUCGGAAGUGA